AUGAGCCUUGGCCAGUUGAAGCUCCAUCAUGAAUGGAAGUACGUGGACUUUAUCUGGGAGAGUCCGCAUCAAAGGCAACAAGCGAUAGAUUCCGGCAAUUACAAUGCUAGCCUAAUUUUUUUGUAUGAUUUAGACAGGGCACCAGAUGGUAGAAGAUUCGUUACUGCGAUAAGAGACAAGGGUGUACCAGUUAGUGUGACAACGAUAACUUGGGAAAAAGGAGAAGGCGGUCCACUUUUGCGUCCGUAUCCAGAUUGGUCCUGGUACAAGGAUGAUUGCAAAGGAAUUACAGGUGGCGUUUAUAAAUUAGAAAUUAAAUGCAAUCACCUCUUCUUAGUGGAUACCGGUAGGAUUGGAGAAGAUCAAAUUUGUCCUGCGCAAUUGUUGAUCUUUGAUUUAUCAACUGACAAGCUUGUUAAACGCGUUAUUAUUCCGCGUAACGUCGCUUAUGACAAAAACGGCAUUGGAUUGUUGGCGUCAGUUGCUGUCCACGCUUCUCCGAAUUGUGAAAACAUAAAGGAUACUGCAACUGUGUUCAUGACUGAUACGGAGGGCUACGGCUUGGUGGUGUAUAAUGCGAAAACUUCGAAACUCUGCAGAAUCGAAUCCGAUUUCAUGAUACCAACUGAUGUCGGUUUCGUCAUAGAAGGUCAAUCUUUCAUCAUGGCAGACGGUAUUUUCAGCUUGACACUCAUCAAUGAAGACUUAUAUUACACUGCUUUGCCAGGAAGUAAAAUUUAUAAAAUGAAUAUUUCGAAGCUAGCAGAAUGUUCUCUAAGCGACAGCGAGGCUAAUGAAAUAACUCAACUGGUAGGCACUUUAUCAGACCAGACAGCAUCGUUAGCAUCCGAGGAAUGCGUAAUAUUUUUUAGCAAUAUUCCAAAAACGUCUAUUAUGUGCGCAGACGCUACUAAGGAAAUUAACUUCUACAACACGAUUAUCAGCCUAUAA